UACACCUCUUCUCCCAGGGCUCACUAACUCCUUUCCUGUCGCUUGGGACCGACGAGAGCAGACAGCCGUGGUCUACCCUGCUAUUGAAGCCAAACUGUAGCAUUGCAGACGCAGCAAAGGUGGUUGACUUCUCUAUCCGAGACAAUGCCGUCCAUCAAGAAGAUUCUGCACUUCCUUGGGAGUGCAGGGGUCACCGCAGCAUCAGUGGGGGUGUUAGGAUACGGGAUGUCGACCCAGUGGGCCUUUUCCGAAAUGGCUUGCUCUGAAACUGCAGGCAAUUUCACCAAUGGCAGUGCGACUGUACAAUACCAGCUUUUCAGUGGGGAAAUAAUGAGAGGUUCAUGUCCGGUGUUUGGAGCCGAAAAAGAUUUUAAAGUGUUGGAGAAGUUGGCAGAGACAGGCGGAGCACCUCAGAUUCUCCACGCUGUGGUCAUUGGUCUCCUGGCCAUGUGUCUUCUCUGCUCAGCCGGCAGUAUUCUCAUCACGCUGUACAACAGUGUCAGCAAUCCCUAUGAGACCUAUAUGGGUCCCAUUGGUGUCUACACGUGCAACUCUGUUAGUGCAUGCAUCUGUCUCAUGGUUCUGAUCCUGUAUGCGGUGAACGUCCAGGUGACCAGCAUGGCUGAAGACCUGGUCAAGAAUGACAUCGGAGCCAGUUCGGCCGUCUACCUGACGGACAAGACCUCAGAGUUCCAGGUGGGCUACUUCCUGCUGCUUCCCUACAUGGGGCUGAACCUGCUGGCCAUCCUGAUAAUUUACCUGUAUGAGCAUGCAGCCUACACGCACAGAAAAAACCAGCAGAGACCCACGGAGGACGCCCCCAAGGAGAUCAUGAUGUAUUAGAGGCCAGCCAAUCUGGAAACACAUUAAAAUUCAAAAAUAACUUUUGACCAAUCAGAUCGGCUCUACAGAGAAGACCUGGUGCGAAAAAUAUCUCACGUGGUUGGUUGGGAUAUAAAUUAAUGGGAAAAAACAGGUUGGAAUUGGGCUGCUUGCCUUAGCGCAGCUCAAGUCGCCAUCAUCAUCAGCUAUUUAUCUUCUCUAUCAGGCAGUGUAAUAUUGUGCGCAGGAAACAAAGACUUAAUUCACUUAGGCGUGCCCAGUUAUUUCUUUCCACUAAUUGCCUUUCUACAAUGUUAUUUUGGCUUGAAUAAAAUAAAUACACUGUAAUCCCAGUUAGGAAGGGUUAUGCUGUAUGCAGGAAACUAAAGACCAAGAUUGGGUGUGUUGCUUUAAGUACUUCCUGUAUGGCCAACCUGGUCUCAGAAGGAUGACGUAGACUAUUUAACGUACAUUUUAGGCAGGGGAUUUCGUAAGAUAUAUUACGUGCAGUAAAAUAACAUUAGAAUCAGAAUUGAGAAAAAGAAAAGCAGCAACCAUGGUUUGAAACCGGCGACCUUCCGCAUCCUAGACAGGCGCACUACCCACUACUCCAGUGAGGAAUCUGUAAUUUGUCUUGGCGUGUGGUGUUGUCACAACAUAAACAUAUGUUUGAAGUGAUUUUCUUUGUAAUCCUAACCCAACCAUAACCCUAAACAUAACCCCAGUGCUGUGAUACCUAACUUUAACCCAAACCCUAACCUGAACCCGAAAGCUGUGAGACUAAACCCAAACCAAACCUUAACCUAACCAUUUUUGUUUCCUAACCAUAGCCCAAACCUUAACCCCGGUGCUGUGAGAUCUAACGUUAACCCUAACCCGAGUGCUGUGAUGCAUAACGUUAAUGUAACGUGAACGAUAAAAUGUUUUUAUAAAAUAUAUUCUAGCGACCUUGCUAUUGCUGUUACUCAUCCUAAAUUCCCAUGUCUAGUGUGGGGUAGUGUGUAAGGCGACUGCCUUCUUAUCCAAACAUCGCCAGUUUGAAACACAGAUAAAACAUUUAGUUAACAAAUCGUCUUUCAUAGCGUUCGUAAAUAUCAUACGUUUGUCUGGCGUUGGUAUGUUAUUUGACGUUUUAAUAGUGCUCGUAACAUUUGAUACGUAAGAUAUGUUACGUUUGAAUAAUUUCGUAAUUUAUUUUAUAUGUUUUGUUGGCACAU